GUGCUACUUUAAAGGAUGUGGAGCCAAGGCGAGUCGGAAGGUCUCCAGACUUUAGGGAUUGUGGUGGUGAUUUGUUCCUCUCUGAAACUUUUGCACUACCUUGGACUAAUAGACUUGUCAGAUGAUAAAAUUGAAGAUGAAUUGGAAAUUACAACAGUAUGUCAUCGACCGGAAGGAUUAGAACAACUUGAGGCACAAACCAAUUUCACAAAGAAGGAACUUCAAGUACUUUACAGAGGAUUCAAAAAUGAAUGCCCUAGUGGAGCUGUUAAUGAAGAAACAUUCAAGCAGAUCUAUGCACAGUUUUUCCCUCAUGGCGAUGCUAGUAUGUAUGCCCAUUAUCUUUUUAAUGCAUUUGAUACAGCGCAGAAUGGAUCUGUGAAGUUUGAGGAUUUUGUGAUGGCACUCUCUAUUCUUUUGAGAGGAACAGUUCAUGAAAAGCUACGAUGGACAUUUAAUCUCUAUGACAUAAAUAAAGAUGGCUAUAUAAACAAGGAGGAAAUGAUGGAUAUAGUAAAGGCAAUUUAUGACAUGAUGGGCAAGUAUACUUACCCAGUACUGAAAGAAGAUGCUCCAAGACAACAUGUAGAAGUAUUUUUCCAGAAAAUGGACAAAAACAAAGACGGCAUUGUAACUUUGGAUGAGUUUAUUGAGUCAUGUCAGGAGGAUGACAAUAUCAUGAGGUCCUUACAGCUUUUUGAAAAUGUCAUGUAACAGCAGCUGAAGAGCAGUCUAGAAAUCUGAGAUUUUAUAUGUACUGAGAUCCUGAAGAAAU